AUGGGCUUCAAUGUUGAGCUUCUUGAGCGGCUGAAAGGAGGAAUUUCGUUUCUAGGGAAGCAUUGUUGGAGGAGGGCUACACCGGUUGCGGGGAAGGAGGAGCGUAGCAGAGGAAAACAGUGGAGCGAUGUAUGUUUUCCCAUUGCGGCUAUUGAUGGGAGGACAUUGGCGGAGGAGACCGUUGGAAGCAGGGAGGAUGAUGGCGGUGGGAGGUGUCGAUGGUGGAGGGGUCGAUGA